CAGUCACCAGUAAUAUUUCCCUAUCCUUCAACGAGCAGAACUGUAGAAGCCAGAAGGAACUCCACCAUCCCUAGCCCAAUCGACGCCGCCAAUGACCACCAGCGGUUGCCACCGUCGCAAUUCGAAGAUUCAAUUGGCGUAAUCGUCGUCUGUUCAUCUGAACUCUGAAGCUUCUGUUGUCGGAAGCACGGUUUGAAGAUUCUGUCGUCGUCAUCGGCUGGUCGGUUCGAACUUCGAAGCUUCUGUCGUCGGCCACCUCUGUCCUACCGAGCAUUUGUUCUGCCGCCGUGGACUCUGGACCUUCUUUCUUCUCUCUGACGCUUGACAGUGACCCAGUUGUAUGACCGGGUCAACUACUGGUCCGGUUCUGACCUGCUUUUGUUUGGCAGUGGCCUUUACUCGUUGCUGUGCUUUACCGCCGCCGUGGCCUCUCUCUUGGUUGCAGCCAGCGCUGCCAUCCCAAGCACCGCGAUGUCUCUUCUCUCCACAUUGUUUGUUCCAAGCGCCAUCGUGAUCAGCGCUUCUUUCUCUGGCGGAAUGAUGACAUAGGAAGGAUCAAUGGUAGCGUGAAUUUCUUUCACAAUUCAGAAAUACAUCAAAAGUUCGAUAGGGAAAUAAAAAUCCGUUUGCGCAGAGAAAGAGAAUGAUGGGAAGUCUGACUCUGAACCUGAGAGUGACACCUUGUAGCUCCUUCACCACCUGCCUUCUUCACCCUCCUUCUCUUUCCAAACCCUACUUUCUCAUUCAACCCUCCAAUAUCCCAACAACCUCACUCUCCCUCUCCGCUUCUUCUUCUUCCUACGAUGCACCAAUCUCUACACCAACCCCCAUUUUCCUCCCUUAUCUCCAACAGCAAGAGGAAGAUGUUGAGGCUAUAGAAAUAAUACAUGAAGAACAAAAAGAAGCACAAGAAGAAGAGCAACCCUGUGAUCCAAUCUAUAAAUUCUUCAAAGAAAGGACUUUGGUUCCUUCACAAGACCCUCUAACUCAAGGCAAAUUGACCCUCCAGAAGAACCGUCGAAUUUCUUGGCACCUUGCUGUGGAUACCGCCCUUGACUCUGAUGAACAACAAGAGGAAGAAAUUGAGAUGGGUUUGGACCAAGUUCCAUUUAGUAUUGAGGAAGAAGAAGGUGAAGACAACAAAAUCGAGUGGAAGAAGGAACUCCCACAGGGCAUUGUUGGAGAAAUUGUUCAUCUGGCAAGGAACCUCCCUGAGAAUUUGACACUUGAAGAGGCUUUGGACAAAGGCUUUGAAGGGAGGGUCAGUGAGGAAGAUUGCUGGGAGGUUCUUGAAGUUCUUGAGGAGGAGAAGCUUAUAUUAUGUUGCUUGUACUUCUUUCAGUGGAUGAGGUCUCAGGAGCCUUCGCUUGUUACACCGCGCUCGUGUACUGUGUUGUUCCCGGCAUUGGGGCGGGCGAGGAUGGGUGAUAAGUUGAUGGUUUUGUUCAGGAACUUGCCAUCCACAACGGAGUUCAAAGAUGUUCAUGUUUAUAAUGCUGCAAUUUCAGGCCUUCUGGAUGGUGGCAGGUAUGAAGAUGCUUGGAAGGUGUACGAGGUCAUGGAAACUGAAAAUAUUCGACCAGAUCAUGUUACGUGCUCUAUUAUGAUUGUCCUUAUGAGAACACUUGGCCAUAGUGCGAAAGAUGCAUGGCAGUUUUUUGAGAAAAUGAACAGAAAAGGGGUCCAAUGGUCUGAAGAAGUUUUAGGUGCAUUAAUAAAGUCAUUUUGUGUUGAGGGUCUAGUGAAUGAAGCUCUCAUCAUCCAAAUCGAAAUGGAGAAGAAGGGGAUCUCUCCAAAUGCAAUUGUGUAUAACACUCUGAUGGAUGCAUAUUGUAAAUUCAAUCAUGUAGAAGAAGCUGAAGGUCUUUUUGUUGAGAUGAAAUCUAAAGGGAUUAAGCCGACUGAGGCUACCUUCAACAUUCUAAUGCAUGCAUACAGCAGAAGAAUGCAGCCGAAGAUUGUGGAAAAGCUUCUGGAAGAAAUGCAGGAUGUUGGCUUGAAGCCAAAUGUGAAAUCAUAUACUUGUGUAAUUAGCGCAUACGGGAAGCAGAAAAAGAUGUGUGACAUGGCCUCCGAUGCAUUCUUGAAGAUGAAGAAAGUUGGCAUACAACCCACUUCACAUUCUUAUACAGCUCUGAUACAUGCGUAUUCAAUUAGUGGCUGGCAUGAGAAAGCUUAUGCUGCAUAUGAAAGCAUGCAAAGGGAAGGAAUCAAACCUUCCGUAGAAACCUACACUGCUUUACUAGAUGCAUUUAGGCGUGCCGGCGACACCCAAACUUUGAUGAAAAUAUGGAAGUUGAUGAUGCUUGACAAAAUUGAAGGAACACGUGUUACGUUCAACAUUCUUGUUGAUGGUUUUGCUAAACAAGGUCGAUACAUGGAAGCAAGAGAUGUCAUUUCCGAAUUCGGGAAAAUGGGAUUACACCCAACAGUGAUGACAUACAAUAUGCUGGUGAAUGCAUAUGCACGAGGAGGGCGACAUUCAAAGCUGCCUCAGUUGUUGAAAGAGAUGGAAAAUCUCAACUUAAAACCAGAUUCUGUCACCUAUUCGACUAUGAUAUAUGCCUAUGUUCGCGUCCGAGAUUUUAAGCGUGCAUUCUUUUACCACAAGCAGAUGGUCAAGACUAGGCAGGUACCAGAUUUGGCUUCAUACCAGAAGCUUCGGUCGAUUCUUGAUGUAAAAGCUGCAAAGAAGAAUAGGAAGGAUAGGAGUGCCUUGGUUGGUAUAAUUAAUAGUAAGAUGGGCAUCACAAAAGUAAAAAGACAGAAAGAUGAGUUUUGGAAGCACAGGAAGAAACAUGUAACGAAACGUAGUGCUGAUGCUAGUACCCAGUGAAUUAUUCCGUGUUCCAUGUACGAAACUGGAACUUUGAUGUUUCAUUGUACAAUCAGUUUGCCUAGUGUUAUUUUGUCAUGUAGUGAGGUAUGAAUUGACGAUAUUAUCCUGGGCUUCUAGAAUAUAAUAAGUAGUUGUGACUCGGUCUAGCUAGGACAGAGCCAUCCUAAUCCUAAAGAGACUUUCUUCUGUUCUAGGUUUCCACAAAGGGGUAUCAGGGUAUGAGAACGCCUUUCUCCUAUAAUCAAGUCUUUGGUUUAGAUCAAUCAAUCCACCGGUGAAUUUUCUGAUUGAUUAGAAAGACCAACCCCGGCCCUAGUGAGAAGAAGAUGGUUAGACGCCAAUUGAAAGAGUGGUAGUUUUAUCCAUGAUGACCGGGUGGCUCUCUUUGCCCUUUCGAUCUACUAAAGCAAUUUCCCACGGUCAAGCCUAGUAGAGCUCCUAGUCCGACAAGGGGGAAGCGUAGCAGGAUAUUAACAAGGAAUUGCUAGUUGUUGGCUUUAAAAAGGUGAAAAAAAGUUACUUGACUAAAUAUUUGGCCUCAAGUAAUCUGAGAACUAGUCUAACAAUCAAGUUUUUUUUUUUAAAUAUUCUUUUAUAUAU